AAAGCUUCAUCUCGCCAUUUUGCAGAUAGAAUACUGGGUCAAGAAGGUCCAGAGUUACAAAUAAGAAAAAAUGAAGGACAGGUAAGAGGAUUAAUCUUUCGGAGCAGUCAAUUACUUUCAGGUAACCGCCACAUCAUCAGGGUUGAUCUACGCUCGCCGAUACUCAUUUAA